AUGUUCUUCACCCGUGGAGCGCUUUCGCUCGCAGUGCUUUCACUGCUCAGCUCCUCCGCCGCAGGGGAGACUUUCGAGAAGCUGUCUGCCGUUCCCAAGGGAUGGCACUACUCUAGCACCCCUGAAGACAACACCUCGGUUUGUCUGAAGAUCGCCCUCGCGCAGAAGGAUGCUGCUGGCUUCGAAAAGGCCGUCUUGGAGAUGUCCGAUCCCGACCACCCCAGCUACGGCCAGCACUUCACCACCCACGAUGAGAUGAAGCGCAUGCUUCUCCCCAGGGAUGACACCGUUGAUGCCGUUCGACAGUGGCUUGAGAACGGCGGCGUGACCGACGUUAGACAGGAUGCGGACUGGAUCAACUUCUGUACUACUGUCGAGACCGCGAACAAGCUCUUGAAUGCUCAAUUCAAGUGGUACGUCAGCGAUGUGAAGCACGUCCGUCGUCUCAGAACCCUGCAGUAUGAUAUUCCCGACUCCGUCGCCCCUCACGUCAACACCAUCCAACCGACAACACGUUUCGGAAAGAUUAGCCCCAAGAAGGCCGUUACCCACAGCAAGCCCUCCCAGUUGGACGUGACCGCCCUUGCCGCUGCUGUCGUUGCAAAGAACAUCUCGCACUGUGAUUCCGUCAUUACCCCCACCUGUCUGAAAGAACUUUACAACAUCGGUGAUUACCAGGCGGAUCCCAACUCGGGCAGCAAGAUCGCCUUCGCCAGCUAUCUGGAGGAGUACGCGCGCUACGCUGACCUGGAGAACUUUGAGAACUACCUUGCUCCCUGGGCUAAGGGCCAGAACUUCUCUGUGACGACCUUCAACGGUGGUCUCAAUGAUCAGAACUCCUCGUCCGAUUCCGGCGAGGCCAACCUGGACCUGCAAUAUAUUCUCGGUGUCAGCGCCCCACUGCCCGUCACUGAGUACAGCACCGGAGGCCGUGGUCCCCUCAUCCCUGAUCUGACCCAGCCGGAUCCCAACGCCAACAGCAACGAGCCGUACCUGGAGUUCUUCCAGAAUGUGUUGAAGCUCGACCAGGAGCACCUUCCCCAGGUCAUCUCGACCUCCUAUGGAGAGAACGAACAGGAAAUCCCCGAGAAGUACGCUCGCACCGUUUGCAACCUGAUCGCCCAGCUCGGCAGCCGUGGUGUCUCCGUUCUCUUCUCCUCCGGUGACUCCGGUGUUGGCGAGGGUUGCUUGACCAACGACGGCACCAACCGGACUCACUUCCCUCCCCAGUUCCCCGCCGCUUGCCCGUGGGUCACUUCCGUCGGCGCCACUUUCAAGACCACCCCUGAGCGCGCCACCUACUUCUCCUCGGGUGGUUUCUCCGACUACUGGGGCCGUCCCGAAUGGCAGGAUGAGGCCGUCAGCAGCUACCUCGAGACGAUCGGCGACGCAUUCAAGGGUCUGUACAACCCCUCCGGCCGUGCCUUCCCCGACGUCGCGGCCCAGGGCAUGAACUUCGCCGUCUACGACAAGGGCACCUUGGGCGAGUUCGACGGCACCUCCGCCUCCGCCCCGGCCUUCAGCGCUGUCAUCGCUCUCCUGAACGAUGCCCGUCUCCGCGCCGGCAAGCCCACUCUCGGCUUCCUGAACCCCUGGCUGUACAAGACCGGCCGCCAGGGCCUGCAAGACAUCACCCUCGGUGCUAGCACUGGCUGCACCGGCCGCUCUCGCUUCGGCGGCGCCCCUGAUGGCGGUCCUGUUGUGCCUUUUGCUAGCUGGAACGCUACGCAGGGCUGGGAUCCCGUCACUGGCCUCGGCACUCCCGACUUUGCCCAGCUCAAGAAGCUUGCCCUAGGCAACUAA